UCUUACGCACGCCCUGCCCCCAGACGUCAUUCGGUCAUUGUUUAGCUUGGACUAGCAAAUGUGCUAGCUAGCUGCUAAGUCUACUAAGCAAUGUUUUAACUCUUCCUUCCUGCCCAAAAAACAAGUACGUUUCCGUCACAGAUUGAAGAACGGACUGAACAAAGAUGAGCAAAAGGAAAGCGCCUCAGGAGUCCCUGAACGAGGGAAUAACAGACUUCCUAGUCGAGUUGGCCAAUUACGAGAAAAACGUCAACAGGGCGAUACACAAAUACAAUGCGUACAGGAAAGCAGCAUCUACCAUUGCCAAGUACCCAGAGAAGAUCAAAAGUGGUGCUGAGGCUAAGAAACUGGAUGGUGUGGGAGCUAAAAUUGCAGAGAAGAUUGAUGAGUUCCUACAAACUGGCAAGCUUCGGAAACUGGAAAAGAUUCGAAAUGAUGACACCAGCUCCUCCAUCAAUUUCCUCACCAGAGUCACGGGAAUUGGUCCUGCCGCUGCCAGGAAGUUCUAUGAGGAUGGAGUCAAGACACUAGAAGAUUUGAAGAAAAUCGAGCACAAGCUAAAUCAUCAUCAACAGAUUGGACUCAGGUACUUUGAGGAAUUUGAGAAAAGGAUUCCACGUGCUGAAAUGGAGAGGAUGGAGGCUCUGAUUCUCAAGGAGUUGAAGAAGGUUGACACAGAAUAUAUUGGAACAAUCUGUGGAAGCUACAGGAGAGGUGCUGGGUCCAGUGGUGACAUUGAUAUCUUGCUGACCCACCCAAACUACACCUCUCAGACCGAGAAGCAGCCCAAGCUCCUGCAUGCUGUGGUAGAGCAUUUGGAGUCCAUCGGGUUUGUGACUGACACUCUGUCCAAAGGAGACACAAAGUUCAUGGGGGUCUGCCAGCUGCAGCAGAGCGAUGAAGAUGAGGAAGAGUUCCUUCACCGGCGUAUUGAUAUUAGGUUAAUUCCCAAGGACCAGUACUACUGUGGUGUUCUGUAUUUCACUGGGAGCGAUAUCUUCAAUAAAAACAUGAGAGCUCAUGCUCUGGAGAAGGGCUUCACUCUGAAUGAGUACACCAUACGACCACUGGGUGUCACUGGAGUAGCAGGAGAGCCUCUGAUGGUGGACAGCGAGAGAGACAUCUUUGAAUACAUCCAGUAUAAAUACAGAGAGCCAAAGGACCGCAGCGAGUGAAGAUGAAAAUGAUCAGCCACAUGUAUUUUAAGCAAGAGUCGACCUGCAGACAAAAUCUGAAGCAUGUGUAUGAAUGUCUUUGUGUUAGUACUGUGACUCUCCACAUGGCAUAACUUUGAUAUAACAGUUGCUGCCAUUUUCAAAACAAAAUACCUGUGAAAGCUCAUUUUAAUUUAUCAUUUUUAGAUUUGUUUUUUCUUCAGGUCAGUUUUAACUAUUUAAAACAUCAUCAUCAAUGGGAUUUCAAUCAUAGCACACACACAAUCAUGCAUCAAAACCGCCAAAGUGUAGUUGCCCCAGGGUCUAUAUUUAUUUUGGAAAAGCUUAUAAGCUUUUUUUCUUCAGUGCUACAGGAUUUUGCACCAGUAUGCAAAAUAAUAACCAUGUUUAACAGUGUGUUAAAUUUGUACUACUUUUUAAUUGACAUGUCAAAAUUAGACUGUGAAAUACCUCUACUAGAAGUUAGUAGUAUUGAUUUAGGCAGGCUUCUUGUGCUGUUGUUUUUGUUUAUGUGCCUUGACAACUGUCAGUGCCCUUGAAUACACACUUUGGCACCGCAGUGCAAGAUAUUGAGAUGCAGUUUUGUUACAAACACAGACAGCACAGCAGCAUCGUUUACAUGUUUGCCUUCAUUUCGCAGUUGAUCUUUGUCUCCUUCAUCACACAGAAUUGACUGUGUAUUUAAAGCUUAAGCAUUUCAGAAACAGUCUGGAGGAACUGAAAAAUUGGCUUGGUGUGUGUACUGUUUGUUAUGUUAAUAUGGGCUAAAAAUGACAAAAGGAGGGUGAUACUAACAGCAGCUCCAAGACUGACAGAACUGAAGCUUGUUUUGUGGCACAGUUUCUUAUGUACAAGAACUGUGUACAGUUGGGGGAGGGGGGGGGGGGCAGACUAUCCUUAAUUUUUAGGAAUUUUUAGAUUUAUUGACAUCAAAGCCUCCGUCAUUUAUGUGUGAAUGCAAGUGUGAGGUUUUUACAUGGGAGUGUUAAAUUAUCCUUCAUUUAUAUUACAGAUAUGUUCCCCAAAAUAGCAGUCCUGUUUGUUACUAUAUUAGACUUGAAGGGAUUUUUUUUAUUAUUAUUAUUGUAGUUGUAUUUGGUGUGUGGCCUGAUAAAAAUGAAAAUGAAAGUGUGUAUUAUUGUCCAAGUCCGCUGAUUAUGGAUCAGAGACGUUUGUGAUGUGUGCAGGAAUUACAGUCAGGGUUUGAAGUGGCUUCUGGUCUGUCGUCAGCUGUUGAGAUUUUAAAAUAAAGGUGAGAUGUCUGUCCAGA